UGAAUAGCUUCGUACGCGUAGGAUUGAUUUGCAUACAGUAAAACUGAUCACGAAAGAUAGACUUUAUUUGAAAGACAACUGUCACAAUACAGCCGUAUACAUAAUACAGGUUUAUCCAUUGGGUCCAUUUCAUCUCGACACACCCGUUGAUGCAUAACAGAACUAUACAUAUAUACCAGGCUGUUCGACAGGGCGAGCGAACGUCGGUGAAGCAUUGGCAGCGAACGUCGUCACGGCGAUGAUUCUAAACGUGAAAUUAUUGCGCAUCACUUAUCGCUGGGACAAUCGCUGAAGCUGUCUGCGACAUAAUUGAACGCCUUCUACGAACAACGUCAACAGAAGCGAACAAAGAAUACACAUUGCUUUGGUUUGAGGAAAAUCAUAUGAGAAUAAUCAAAACAUUGGCACAACGAGCCCCUUGACAUCAUGACAGCUUAGAGUCCGAUAAGUGCGCGUGUAAUAUUCAACAUAACAACAAUUGAAAUAUACAAAGAGAAGCUGAAUUGUUGGCGGGGAAUAAACGGAAGAUCCAGAGAUCAAGUUUGAGGCAUCGCACCGAUCGAAGUAAUUACACAUUGUUGAAAAGAAACGUACAGAAAAAAAGGUCGGUGAAUUUUUCAACAGGAAGAAAGAUUAUACCUGGACGCAAUCAAUACCGGUUCCACUUGAAGGGGCAUAGUUGAAGAAGACCAGGGAAUGUCAAGAGCGUUGUAAAAAAAACGUCGCGAUUUAAUCGGGAAAUUUACAUAAGUCUGCAUUAAUACUGCCUGUACAAGAAGCUGGCGAAGGGAUAUUGCGUGUUUAGUAUUCAAAAGUUCGUUUAAAAAGAGAAAUUCGAUGUCAAUAUGACAUUGGAUUGGAGGAUUCUUGUUCAGUGAAGACAAAGAAGAAGAUCUGAGGGGAACAGUCUUUAUAUAUAGACAGUGUUCAUUGUGAGUCGAGACCCCGAACGCUCCCUGAGCAACGUAUUGAAGCAUAAACUAACAGCAAUUCUUUAAUGAUCUCUUGUGAAGAAGUCGGUCAAUAGCGCGAGAGCCCGAGAUAUAUAUAACUGGACUGUAUGAUUCAGUGGACUAUAAUGGAUUUCUAAAAUAUCUCCGUUAUUAAAUCAAAGAAGAAUCAAUAUAUAUCAACUUCGCUAAUCCAAAACACCUUGGAAAUAUAUAGGUGUAUAUUUUACGCGUACAACUGGUUCUCCUCGAUCACAUUAUAUAUGGAAGUCACAACUUGAGAUAGCAAAUAUUUUAGCAAGUUUUGGAUAUUUGUCAAAACUCGUGACAAAACCCAAGGUCUGGUUUAUAGAGUGCUGUUUAUGUACACAGCUCCGACUACAAGACUGGCCUGUCAAAAUUAAAUAGAAAUCAAGCUGUUGAGCUAAAAGUUGAUGAUUUUUCGCAGUGUAUUUCGACGUUAAGCCAUGCCGCUAAGCGCGGGGUUUAGAAAAUUUGAAAUCGCUUCUUGGAUAAUGAUCUGCGUGCUGGGAACGAUCGGGAACGUGCUCGUCGUACUAGUCGUUUAUCGGAAGCGUAAAAUGAAGACGGUCACCAAUCAUUUGAUCGUGAAUUUAGCCUUUGCUGAUCUGGCUGUACUGCUCAUCAACAUCCCUCUGGAUGUCGCUGACUACAUCAACGGCGGUGCAUGGCUUUAUGGACGGUUUAUGUGUCAUAUUAUAAAGCCGCUACAAACUAUGGCAACCACUGCGUCUGUUUGGUCUUUGGUGGCCAUUAGCAUCAGUAGAUAUGUCGCAAUUGUGCACCCGCUGAAACCGCAGUUGCGGAAAACGCACGCGAGAUGGAUGAUCGUGCCAGCCUGGGUGAUCAGCCUCGUUCUCGUCUCACCAUACAUGGCCUCACUCGAAGUGAAGGACGGUCGUUGCAUGGAGGAUUUUGAAUCGGCAGGAAUGAGUGCGAGAUACUACACUAUAGGAAUUUUCGUCACACAGUAUAUUGUACCACUUAGCAUCAUUGCUUUCUCGUACGUCAGAGUUGCUCAAGAAUUGACAAGGAACCCGAACCACGAUGAACGUACCAUAAACCACUAUAAAGAAACAAGAAAAGUUUUGAAAAUGUUGAUAGUCGUCGUCGUCGUUUUCGCUUUUUUAGUCCUGCCACUGCACAUUGUGUAUAUCUGGUACGAUUUCUUCCAAGGCGGUACUUCAAAGUACUAUGAAGAAAUCCAAUCAAUUGCAAUCACGAUGGUCUAUGGGAACAGUUUUACAAACCCAAUCAUAUACAAUGCUUGCAACGAAGAAUUUAGAAAGUCUUUCCGAAGCUACUUUCGAAUACUGAUCAAGCCUUGCGCUAGACUCAUUCUUGGUGAUCGCCUGAAUUGGGACGCCGAGAGUCCACAAAUUUUGGACGACCUGGGAACGACAUUUCAAAGGACUAGAUCGCUCCGCAGGACAUCGAGUCGCAGGGAGACUUUGACCAAUGCAAAUGCUAGGUUUAAUGGUGAGACACCAUUGAGUCGUAGGGAUACUUUGACAGUUGAUAAUCAAAGGACUAGUAGUGAAAUACCAAAUAGACACGAAAAUAAUAGGCCCAACAGAACGCUGUAUGAAUCUGUUGAAAAUAUUGAUCAUACAUCAUGCUUCAAACACUCUGGCAGAACUAAUCACCGUUGCAAUGUACCAUACAGGAAUGGGAUGGUGGUUCAAUAUGUCUCAGUUUUAUGAUAUAAAUGUAUUUAUUUCAUCCCACCAAACAUAAAACAUUAUAUCAUUCUUGGAUAACAAACAAACAAACAAACAAACAACAUAACAUAUUGUAAGAAGUCUAGUGCUUGGAAAUAUAUUAAUACUUGUUUACACCCAAGAAUUUGUUUGGCAGAUUCAGAGAUGGUGAAUUUUGUUUGCUGACAGUGAUCAUCAUUACCUCUAGCAAUAACCAAAAUUAUCUGGACAAAUCACAAAGUAUCUGUAUAUAAACAUACGUUUCUAUGCUUUCGUUAAGAUUAUAUAGUAUAGAUUACUUUAUCAUUGAUACCUAUAUCGGGUGUAUGUGUGGUGAUAAA